UUGCGCUCAAAACCCAAACCCUCGCUCUCUGAAUUGAAGAACCAGAAACCUCUCUCUCUGUGUUGAAGUGAAAUUCGCUGAAGGCAACAAUGGUGGAAGAAGCUCCUGCAUCUGAAACUUCCGUUUCAAUGGCUCCAUCAGAGGAAGCUGUGGCGGUCGACGGAACCCUAAACCCUAGUGAACACGGAAAAAGCGAAAUCACUAACGGCGCCACCGUGGAUUCAGCCGCGAUCGGCGGUGCUGAGUCCGCUUCCAACGCUGAAACUUCUGGGAAGAACUCGUUGGAGUUGGCGGUUGAGCUCAUGGAUAAGGGAACCAAGGCUAUGAAGGAAGACGAUUUCGGAGAAGCAGCUGAGAAUUUCAGCCGUGCUCUUGAAAUCAGGGUUGCUAAUUAUGGUGAACUUGCACCUGAAUGUGUCAAUACGUAUUACAAAUAUGGGUGUGCCCUUCUAUACAAGGCUCAGGAGGAAGCUGAUCCUUUGGGUGAUGUGCCCAAGAAGCAGGAGGGGUCUCAACAUGGCUCCAGUAAAGAUGAAUCUGUGAAGAGUACUAUCAAUGCUGCUGAAUCUUCCACUGCUGCAUCUUUUUCAAGCAAUGCUGAGCAGGACAUUGCUUCUAAUGACCAGGAGUCAGCAGUGGAUGAUGAGUCCACUAAGAAUUACCAGGAAGAAGAUGAUGAGGAUAGUGAUGCUGAAGACACAGAAGCUGAUGAAGAUGAAUCUGACCUUGAUCUGGCUUGGAAAAUGCUUGAUAUUGCUAGAGCAAUUGUUGAAAAGCAAUGUGUCAACACAAUUGAACACGUGGAUAUAUUAUCAACAUUGGCAGAAAUUUCAUUGGAAAGAGAGGAGUUUGAAAAUUCUCUAUCCGACUACCAGAAGGCACUAUCCAUCUUAGAACAGCUAGUUGAACCAGAUGAUAGAUAUAUUGCCAACUUAAAUUUCCGUAUAUGCUUGUGUUUGGAGGUUGAUUCUAAACCUGAAGAAGCAAUUGCCUAUUGUGAGAAGGCUGCAUCUGUUUGUAAGGCACGAUUAGAUCGUCUCACAAAUGAAGUCAAGAGUAUAACUCCAGCUUCUGAGGCCAAAAAUAAAUCAAUAGAGGAUAAACAAGCGGAAAUUGAAACUCUUACCGGUCUCUCAAGUGACCUGGAAAACAAGCUUGAAGAUCUGCAACUGUUAGUCUCGAAUCCAAAAUCAACUCUCUCUGAGCUCCUAGAAAAAGUAGCUGCCAAGGCAGGCGGUGGUAAGGAAUCAAUUCCAGCAAAAGUCAGCUCCUCACAGCUGGCUACUGCCAACAGCAGUGGAGGUUUUGACUCUCCAACCAUUUCUACUGCUCACUCUAAUGGAUCUGCUGCUGGAGUCACACACCUUGGUGUGGUAGGAAGAGGAGUUAAGCGAACAUCGCUUGCUCCAGAAGCAAGCGCACCAAAGAAACCAGCAUUAGAGUCAACCGAAGGAAAAGGUGAUAGUGGCAGCGCUUGAUGAUGUAUCUGGGCAUUGGUUCUUUAGUAUCGGGUGUUCAGUUUGAACUUUGAAUGGAACCAUAUAGUUUGAUUACUCUUUCAAGUAUUGAUAGGAUAAAUUCGAGCAGGUUCCUUGUUUGACUGUUUUCGGAAACUGUUAUGCCAUAUGCCCUCCUUACUGUAACUUUUAUAUGUGCAGCUAAUUGACCCAGUCAAAAGUUUUAAAAUACAUUUUAUUAAAUAUGCUAACGCUGUCAAUUGUCAGAUACCUGUGCUUCUAAUGUGGAGGAUGAUGUUCAAGAACUCCUAUAUGAAUAUUUUUCAUAUAAAUGAAAUUUUCACUAUAUUUUCAUGA